CGAUUUUGCAGUUUCACAUUCGUAUGCCGCACGAGUUCGAUACGUAACGGAUAUCACAACUUCUCUGCGCGAUGUUGCGAUCUCUUCUGCUUCUCUCGGAAAUUGUCCUGAUACUCGCGGCGAGCAUCUCGUCCGAGGAGAAGGAAACACAUGGGAAACCGAUCUGCCGUGAGGCGAACGGCUACAACAUCUGCCAUUACGAAGGUGCGCUCGUCGAAGUUACGCAGCGUCGUUACGAAGACCGAUUGGAAAUCUACGACCUGAAUCUCGCGGAGAUUCGGGAGAACGCCUUCAAGAACGUGACCGCGACGCACUUGUAUCUGAACCAAGGCAAUCGGAUAUCUCUGCUGAGAAGUGGCUCCUUCAACGGUUUGCCGAACUUGGAGCGUCUCCACUUGGACAGCAACCAGCUGCGCACGUUGUCGGCGAACUUGUUCGCGAAAUUGGAACACUUGGAGUCGUUGUCGAUGGUGUUCAACACGAUCGAUUCGAUACCGAAGGACUCGUUCGCCGGUUUGUCGAGUCUUACGUGGCUCUACUUAGGUCACAACGUUAUCGCGGCGAUCGAGGCGGAAUCUUUCUCGAAUCUCAAUCCCGGACUGCUGUACCUGUGGCUCAAUGACAAUCAAAUUGCCCGCGUGGCGCCGGCCUCGUUCGCCGGGUUAACCGAACUGAACCGUCUCCACUUGGAUUACAAUCAACUGGAGAAUUUGUCGGACGACGCCUUUUUAGGACUUAGCAAGCUGGAAGAUCUGUUCUUGAAUAACAAUCGUAUAACGAGCAUCUCCAGACGGCUGUUCCGCGAUCUGGCCGAACUGAAGAGACUCCACCUCGAGAAGAACGAGAUCAGCGCUCUCGAGCCGGAAACGUUUCGGGAUCUGUCUCAGCUGGAGCAACUGCGAUUGGACGGAAACAAACUGUCCCACAUUGUGGCCGACACCUUUGCGGGACUCGCCAAGCUGGAAGUUCUCAAACUGGCCGAUAACAACAUCCGCACGAUGGAUAAGAACGCAUUGGCCGGUCUCGUUGAGUUGCGAAAAGUCUACUUCGACGGAAAUAACGUGUCCGCGACGGAUCUGUCUUCCGUCGAGAAACCUAACCAUCGCUCUGUAUUUAUAUUCUAUAAUUAAAAAUAUAAUUAAUUAAUUAAGAUCGUCAUUUUAUAUUAUACAUGUAGAUCGUUACAAGUUACGUUCAAUUAAACACGAUGUUUUUUA